GGACAUUGGAGAAACUCAUCUAUCCUUUACGGCAAGGGUAGCUACAGUACCUGAAACAACCAUGGCGUGGAAAACACUUCCCAUUCACCUGCUAUUGCUGCUGUCUGUUUUCCUGAUUGAGCAAGUUUCAUCUCAAGAUUUAUCAAGCUGUGCAGGGAGAUGUGGGGAAGGGUAUUCUAGAGAUGCCACCUGCAGCUGUGAUUUUAACUGCCAACACUACAUGGAUUGCUGCCUCGAUUUCAAGAGAGCCUGCACUGUGGAGCUUUCCUGUAAAGGCCGCUGCUUCGAGUCCUUCGAGAGAGGGAGGGAGUGUGACUGUGAUGCCCAGUGUAAGAAGUAUGGCAAGUGCUGUCCCGAUUAUGACAGUUUCUGUGAAGAAGUGCAUAAUCCCACAUCACCACCAUCUUCAAAGAAAGCACCUCCAGCUCCAGGAGCAUCUCAAACCAUCAAAUCAACAACCAAACGUUCACCCAAACCACCAAACAAGAAGAAGACUAAGAAAGUUGUAGAAUCAGAGGAAAUAACAGAAGAACAUUCUGUUUCUGAAAAUCAAGAGUCCUCCUCCUCCUCCUCCUCUUCCUCUUCUUCUUCAACUAUUCGGAAAAUCAAGUCUUCCAAAAAUUCAGCUGCUAAUAGAGAAUUACAGAAGAAACCCAAAGUAAAAGAUAAUAAGAAGAACAGAGCUAAAAAGACACAUGCCCCCAAACCACCAGUUGAAGAUGAAGCUGGAAGUGGAUUGGACAAUGAUGACUUCAAGGUCACCACAACUCCUGACAUGCCUACCACCCAGCACAAUAAAGUCACCACAUCUCCCAAGACUACAACAGCAAAACCAAUAAAUCCCAGACCCAGUCUUCCGCCUAAUUCUGAUACAUCUAAAGAGACAUCUUUGACAGCCGAUAAAAAGACAACAGCUGAAACUAAAGAAACUAUUAAAACAAAUGAACAGACUUCAACUGAUGCAAAAGAGAAGACCACUGCUGCUAAAGAGACAAAAGGUGUAGAGAAAACAUCUGCUAAAGAUUUAGUACCUACAUCUAAAGUGCCGGCUAUACUUACACCCCAAGCUGAAACUACAACCAAAGGCCCUGCUCUCACCAUCUCCAAGGAGCCUGCACCCACCACUCCCAAGCAGCCUGCACCCACCACCACCAAGAAGCCUGCACCCACUACUCCCAAAGAGCCUGCCCCAACUACCCCCAAGGAGCCUGCACCCACCACUCCUAAGGAGCCUGCAUCUACCACCACCAAGAAGCCUGCACCCACCACGACCAAGGAGCCCGCACCCAUUACUCCUAAGGAGCCUGCAUCUACCACUCCCAAUGAGCCUGCACCCACCACCACGAAGAAGCCUGCACCCAUUACUCCCAAGGAGCCUACAUCUACCACCAUCAAGGAGCCUGUACCCACCACUCCCAAUGAGCCUGCACCCACUACCACCAAGAAGCCUGCACCCAUUACUCCCAAGGAGCCUGCAGCCACCACCACCAAGGAGCCUGCACCCACGACUCCCAAGGAGCCUGCAGCCACCACCACCAAAAAGCCUGCACCCACUACUCCCAAGGAGCCUGCACCCACCACUCCCAAGGAGCCUGCAGCCACCACCACCAAGAAGCCUGCACCCACUACUCCCAAGGAGCCUGCACCCACCACUCCCAAGAAGCCUUCCCCAACUACCCCUGAGGAGCCUGCACCUACCACCUCCAAAAAGCCUGCACCCACUAGCCCCGAGGAGCUCAUACCCACCACCGUGGAUGAGCCUGCUUUCACCACCCCUAAGGGGCCCGCUCCCAGCACCCCUGAGGAACCUGUACCCACCACCCCUGAGGAGCCCGCUCCCACCACCCCCGAGGAACCUGUACCCACCACCCCUGAGGAGCCUGCUCCCACCACCCCCGAGGAACCUGCACCCACCACCCCCGAGGAGCCCGCUCCCACCACUCCCGAGGAGCCUGCACCCACCACCCCCGAGGAGCCCGCUCCCACCACCCCCGAGGAACCUGUACCCACCACCCCCGAGGAGCACGCUCCCACCAAUCCCGAGGAACCUGUACCCACCACCCCCCAGGAGCCUGCUCCCAAUACCCCUGAGGAAUCUGCUCCCACCGCCCCCAAGGAGCCCACUCCCACCACCCCCGAGGAGCCCAUACCCACCACCCCUGAGGAGCCUGCUCCCACCACUCCUAAAGAACCUGCUCCAACUGCCCCUAAGGAACCUGCACCCAACACCCCCAAGGAACCUGUACCCACUAUGCCCAAGGAGCCUGCCCCAACUACCCCCAAGGAGCUUGCAACCACCACCACCAAGGAGCCCACACCCACCACCUCUGACAAGCCUGCUCCGACUACCCCCGAGGAGUCUACACCUACCACCCCCAAGAAGCCUGAACCCACUACCCCCAAGAAGCCUGUUCCAACUACUCCUGAGACACCUCCUCCAACCACUUCAGAGGCCUCUACUCCAGCUACCACCAUGGAGCCUCCCACUAGCACCGAGAGCCCUGAUGAAUCAACUCCUGAGCUUUCUGCAGAACCCACAACUAAGACUCCUGCAUUGACUAACCCUGAAAUGACUACGACAGCUAAAGACCAGACAGAAAAAGACAUACGUCCUACACCUGCUGCACCUAAGAUGACAAAGGAGACAACUACAGCAGAAAAGACUACCGAAUCCAAAAUGACAAGUACGACCACACAGGUGACAUCUCCCACAACUCGAGAUACUACACCACUCAAAAUGACUACUCUUAGAGCAACUACUCUUGCACCCAAAGUCACUACUACAACAAAAAAGACAAUUACUACAACUGAGACUCUGAACACACCUGAACAAACAGCUAACCCAAAAGACACAGCUAAUUCUAAAGCAACAACUCCUAAACCUCAAAAGCCAAAAGGCACCCAAGAAAACGUCAAAGCACCCAGAAAGCCCACUUCUACCAAAAAGCCCAAAACAACACCUAGAGUGAGAAAACCGAAGACGACACCAGCUCCCCACAAGAUGACAUCAACAAUGCCGGAGCUGAACCCUACCUCAACAGUGGCAGAAGCCAUGAUCCAAACCACCGCCAGGCCUAACCAAACUCCAGACUCCAGACUCGUUGAAGUAAAUCCAAAGAAUGAAGGUGAAAACGGUGCUGAAGGAGAAACACCUCACACGAUUUUCAGGCCCCAUGUGUUCACACCUAUAGUUAUUCCAGGCGUGGAUUACUUACUGCGAGUACCCAAUCAAGGCAUUUUCAUCAAUCCCAUGCUUUCAGAUGAGACCAAUAUAUGCAAUGGUAAGCCAGUAGAUGGACUGACUACUUUGCGCAACGGAACAUUAGUUGCAUUCCGAGGUCAUUAUUUCUGGACGCUAAGUCCAUUCAGUCCACCAUCUCCAGCUCGCAGAAUCACUGAAGUUUGGGGUAUUCCUUCCCCCAUUGAUACUGUUUUUACUAGAUGCAACUGUGAAGGAAAAACUUUCUUCUUUAAGGAUUCUCAGUACUGGCGUUUUACCAAUGAUAUAAAAGAUGCAGGGUAUCCCAAACCAAUUGUAAAAGGAUUUAGAGGACUAACUGGACAAAUAGUGGCAGCACUUUCAAUAGCCAAAUACAAAAACCGGCCUGAAUCUGUGUAUUUUUUCAAGAGAGGUGGCAACAUCCAGAAGUAUAUUUAUAAACAGGAACCUGUACAGAAGUGCCCUGGAAGAAGGCCUGCUCUAAAUUAUCCAGUGUACGGAGAAACAACACAGGUUAGGAGACGUCGCUUUGAACGUGCUAUUGGACCUUCUCAAACACACACCAUCAGAAUUCAAUAUUCACCUGUCAGGCUGCCUUAUCAAGACAAAGCUACAGAUUUCCUUCAUAAUGAAGUUAAAGUGAGUACACUGUGGAGAGGACUUCCAAAUAUGGUUACCUCAGCUAUAGCACUGCCUAAUAUCAGAAAACCUGAUGGCUAUGAUUACUAUGCCUUUUCUAAAGAUCAAUACUAUAAUAUGGAUGUGCCUAGUAGAACAGCAAGAGCAAUAACUACUCGUUCUGGGCAGACCCUAUCCAAAGUUUGGUACAACUGUCCUUAGAUUGAUGAGCAAAGGAGGAGUCAACUAAUGAAGAAAAGAAUAAUAAAUUUUGACACUGAAAAACAUUUUAUUAAUAAAGAAUAUUGAGACAAGUAUACCAAUUUAAAUAUAAAAAUGUUUUUAAACUUGACAAUCAUUACACUAACAGAGAUUUGACAAUC